GCUCCUGCCCUCGCUGUGCAGCGUCCGGCGCGGGGUGCAGGCCGCGGUGCCGUGCCGUGCCGUGCCGUGCCGUGCCGGCCGUAACGGGGCGGGCGGGCCCUCGCCAGGGACGGCUGCGUGGGAGCACGGUGCGAACGAGGGAGGGUCCCUGUGUACAGGCGGCGUCUCCGGCGGGAAUGCUGACACCGUGCCCCUGGAGCGGUACCAGCAGAACGCUUGUCCUGGCCUUCCGCUGGCAGGGCCCCGCCGGCAGCAGCAGGUGGCAUUUUCGUGGGGGAAGGGCUGAUGUUGCCAGAGGUGAUGUUGCCUUUAAACUGUCACAGUUCGUAUCUUCAGAGCAUUUGAACGCGUUUUGCCGUCUCACACGGAGCUCUGAAGCUGUCCAGGGUGAGGUUUCAUUUCUGAAGGCAAGGCUACGCACAAAAACACCCCUCGGAGAAUUGGAUGGCUGAGUGAGAACUGGUUGUUCAGAAGAUUCACAGUCGUGGCUGAGGAUUACAACAUGUCUAAAGAAAUGCAAGAACUGCAGAAGCAAUGGCACUCCGUGGUGCAGUCCAUCCACAGCAACUCAAAUGUUGUUGCAUUUAUGAAUUCUCGUGUUGGCCAAUAUUUAGAUGACCAUCCUUUUGUUGCCUUAUCACUCCUGGUGUUUAUUGCACUGUCUGCUAUUCCCGUUGCAUUUUUCCUGAUUUUUGUUGUUACAACAGCCGUAAUGGCCUGUAUCGGUGUCAUAGUCAUGGAAGGUAUUGUAAUAGCCACAGGUGGCAUAGCUCUCCUUUGCGUUCUGUGUGGCCUGGGUGCACUUUCACUGGGCGUUUCUGGAGUACUGAGUGUUUGUUAUGUCGUCCUUUCGACUCUGGUCAACUACUGGUAUGCGUCAAGGGGUCAGAUAAGGAAGCAAGAAGUUAAUGGAAGUUUGCCACAGAAGAGUCCUUCUGUCUUGGAUCUUUCUGCCAAUAAUGGAAAGAAUGAAUAAGUGGGUUUUUCCACACUUCCCUCAUAAGCACUUAACCUUACUCUUCUGACCUUUGCUAUGUAAUUAUUUACUCAUCAAGCAUUCAGCCUUUGCGCAUUCCUUAUGGGAACUGAAAAAAUCAAUAGGCAUCUUACAUUGGCAAUGUAAAACUAAUAUUAAGAAUAACCAUUAAGCAGCAGUGUGUUGCAAUAUUAAGUCUAUGUGCAUGAUGGAAUGUUCCACAGAAUUUGGUAAAGGGAUGUAAUAACUGCUACUGUUAAGUCAGUGACAAUUGAGAGAAAGGGUAGGUAAAUAUUUGACUUCCCAUUUGUUGCUGGAGUUCUGGAUGUACUAUCUUUUGAAAUUUGUAUGCAGCAGUUGGUCAUUUUGAUACAUAAGUGUCAAAGUUCAGAACACGAGAAAUGUGUUUUGAAAGUUAAAAAGUAUUUUUAAGCCUUAACAGCCUUUGUUAAAAUAGUAUGAGCACACCAUGCUAAUGCUUUGUAUUUAUUAUAUGAGGAAAGCUGGGGUUUAUCAUCUGUUAGGUCAUAGUAUAAGCUUUUAUAUUAUAUACCUUAAAAUGUUGCAUUGUUCUGAAGGGAUAUUUUCCUUCUUCCUAUUGCCUCAUCACAUCAAUGGUAUGGUAUGCAGUUAGGUCUUGCAUUUUUUCAUGUUAAGUAUUUAAUUGCCUGUUUUGCUUCUCAGUUGUAACUCAGUUGUAUGUCAUUUAAACUUUUCAUUUUUGCAAAUGCCAUAUUAUUGUUGAGCAUUAUUAAACUAAUAAAGUUAGA